AUGAUGUGGCUUUCGUUUUCAUUUUUGCUCUUGCUCGUCGUUGGAGAUGUUGUUGCCGCUGCCUCUGCUCCUCACCUGUACAAACAUCACGCGUGUGAGCGCAGUGGGACUGUCGUUCGAAAGGAAUGGGGAGAGAUGCCAGCUGCCGAACGAAUCAACUAUACCGAUGCUGUGAAGUGUCUGACACGAAAGCCUCCAAGGCUUCCCACAAAGGACUAUCCAGGGGUUCGCAGCCGAUUCGACGAUUUUGUCGCCACACAUAUUAAUAUGACCUUGAAAGUGCACUACAGCGGUCUGUUCCUCCCCUGGCACCGCGGGUUCAUCCACCUCUGGGAACAGGCACUGCGAGACGAAUGUGGAUAUAAGGGCCAUCAGCCGUACUGGAACUGGCCUCUUUGGGCGGACGAUCUUAAGAAUAGCCCUCUUUUCGACUGCAGCAGCUCAUCUAUUUCUGGCGACGGUGAAUACAACCCCGACGAACAGCCGUUAUCCGGUGGCAAUGUGACAAUACCGAGAGGGUCUGGUGGAGGAUGCGUGCCAAAGAACUGUGGACCAUUUGGAGACCUGGAGGUCCACCUCGGACCCUUCAGCCGGAACAUUGUCUCAUUGACUGAGUUGCCGGAGCCGAAAUUCGACUACAACCCGCGCUGUCUAAACAGAAGCUUGAAUCACUUUGUUGCCACAAGGUACACCAAUAAGACUGUUAUUGACAAUCUGAUGGCAACGACCAACAUCACACAAUUCCAGAUGGCAAUGGACCACUGGCCAGCCCGACCGGAUGGAGUAUUCGGUCCACACGGCGGCGGACAUUUCAGUCUCGGCGCCGCAAUGCAAGAUCUCUUUGCAUCACCGCAAGAUCCCGCGUUCAUGUUGCAUCACAGUAUGAUCGAUCGGCUGUGGACAAAGUGGCAAGCGGGCGACGAGAAGACUCGGCGGCAUGCGCUGAACGGCACUACGACCAUCCUGAAUCCACCGUGGGGCAAGCAAGUGACUCUCGACACAGUGCUGGAAUAUGGCGUGUUGGAUCGACCGCGGAAGGUUCGUGAGGUCAUGAAUCCCACGUCGGGGGGGAUGUGUUACACUUAUACUUAA